AUAGCAAAAAUUCAAAACGCCUGACCGCGGAAUGUGGCUAGUGUUCCGUUAUAUCACUUUUGCCUGUGAAUUUCUUAUGUUCCUGAUCAUUUUGGACAUUGUAGCGGUUCUUUAUUUCUUUGAGCUGUACUGAAACACUUUUAACCAGUAAAAAAGCACAUCAUGUUGCGAGCAGGACUUGGGAGUGCUGCCACCCCUGUAACAGAGAAGACUUUGAAACGCAAGGUUGAGAAUCAGUCGGCUAACAGAGCUCUGCUGUGGUUUGUCGUCAACCUCUGUUUGGCCGUUUUCUUUUUCCUGGAAAUGACAUUCAGCUCUACAUCGGAUUACUUUGAUCUGAGCCAUCCGUCCGUGUGGUAUGUGAAAUGUGCCUUCACCGUGCUCUUCACGUUCAAUUCCUUGGUGGAUCUGUGGCGCUAUGUCAUCCCCACCCUGCAGGGUAUGCGGCAUCCCAUUGCCCUGUCACCGGUGGAGAAGGAUAUGCUCGGAGUCGGAGACAAUGCGAUUGGCUUUAAGAUGUCCCGUCACAGGAUAGCGUCUGCUCCAGCCAACCUCUACGGCUCACACCACCACACACCACCCUUAUCCUCAUCUCCCUGCUCUGUGAAGCCUCCCAGCCAUUACCUCUACCCUGCCACCCCGACCUCUGCAGCCAGUCCUGGGGGUAGCCCGUCCUUGAUGGGUGCGUACGGGUCCCCCAAGCUGACUCCGACCAGUGCUUACAAGGGCCAGUACUCUCCAGGGGCAUCCCCUUCCUCCCAGGGGAGCUUCCUCUCAAUCAAUGGACAUUCCUUCAAUCAGACACCAGGGAGCACCCCUCACACUCCAGCUGUUUCAUCUUCAGUUCUGUUCAGAGAUACAAGUGGAAGCGGAGGAAGCCUUCUUAGGCCGAGACACAAAUCUUCUCCUGUUGCAAGACAUUCUCCAUUGGUGACACCAGAAACAGUUAUUUCUGAUGAAGCUUCUCUAAGGAGCUACUUGACUUCAUACGAUGAGAAGGAAAAGAGAAAUAUGCUGGGAAUGCCGGACCAAUCACCGAACAGUAGCCCGUCCUUCUGGGCUUACAACCGUUCUGCUGCAGACUUCAACUAUCUCUUGGGCAAGUACCAGUACCAGCUAGCCAGUAGGUCACCCCAGUCACCAGCCACUGGACGGGGCAAGGAUGACCAGGACUAUCCGGCCACGUAUGGAGCAGAGGAGGCCUGGGACAAGCUGGAGGUGGACAGAGAGACGCUUGACCGCUGGAUUGCCAAUCUAAGACAGUGGUUGAGCCAGACAGUAUUGGUUCCUAUCAUCAAAGAGAUAGACAACGUCAACAAAAAACUGCAGAGGCUUGGCCAUGGGGACCUUCAAAUAGGAGAUACAAGUAUAUCAGCUCUUCGUCAGGUAGCCAUUCUCAAGAGCCAGCAUGUACCUUCCCUCAACGUACUACUCUCCUACCUAGAUAUAUCAUCUAAUCAAGAAUACAUUAUACAGAGAUACAGAGACCUUGCUCGAGGAGGAUACAUCUGUGAGUUUCGAUGGGACCAGGGUGGAGAGUAUAAGGGCCGUAAAUGGCAGAAGGACUUGCCUACAGACUGUGUGCUUGUACUGCAUGCCUUGUGUACCUACUUGGACUCUUGCCUUCCACCCCACCCUAAGCAUCCUGAUGGAAAGAUCUUCACCGAUCAGUACUUCAUGAAGACGCCCGACAAACCAGAUUUGAAGAGGGAGAAUUUGCUUCUCUUCCAUUCCAAGAUCAACCCUCCUCACUACAAGGUUAUACUUGGUGAUGAUACAUGGGAUCUUCCAAAGGGAAGAAACAACAUGUUCCAAGCCAUCCUGCUGUUUCUGCGUCACAUUAAAACCAAGGAGAAUGGAAUGCUGGGGAGGGUGAACCUUGGACUAUCAGGGGUCAACAUACUCUGGGUGAUUGACAGCUGAGAUGGACCAAUCACAGCUUGUGAAGGACAGAAAGUAGGUGGAGCUUCUGAACAACAAGCAACCAAUACCAAACUUAAAAGAGUAUGAGACUGAAAAAAACAUUGGCUGCAUUCGUUUUUGAAGAUAUACUUCACAAAACGAGCAAGUUUCAGAAGUGCUGAUGGGGCUAUUUUUUUUAGAUUGAGAUGUGGAUGAGAGAAGGAUGAAGAAGGAGUCAACCGAGCCUGAUGUUGGAAUAAAAGACAAAGUAAGGAGAGAAAAACAAUGAAUUAAUAGAAGGAAAGAGACCCUGGUUUGGAGGUGAAAAUUUUGGUGACAAGAGAAUCUUGGUGACAUCAAGAGGGAAGGGUUGCCCUUGCCAAAAAUAUGUAUUCAAAUAAUGUGUGCUGGAAUCAAGUAGAUUGACCACAAUAGUAUGAUAUCGUCUGUUUGGAUCCAGUAGGGCAUUACACUUGUUUCAUUGUACACAAAAUAAUGCCCCUUCUUGCUCCAAACAGACAAUAUAUACAAUAUUUGCAGAGAGUAAAACACCCUACAAAUUUAAGGUACCUGAGAUAUUUCUUGUCUUGUUGUGACCCCUGCUCUUUCCUUUUAAUUUAAGAUAAGUUUUCCUAAUACUUGAAUUGUUAUUCCCCAAAUUAAAGCUGUCAGCACAGAUAUGACUUAUGAAAUAACGAAAACAUACUAAAAGAGCAUCUUUCAAACCCAAUCAUAGCUUUAAAAAAUAUAUGUCUUUCGGCAUAACAACAUGACUGAAAUGAGAUUGUUUACAUUCUAUGGUGCGUGUGACACAUCAGAGUGCCCAGUCUAUACUUGCUUAUUCAGUCGAACCUGACGUGAGGAUCUAAGUCAAGUUCAACAAAAGAAAACUAGAUGGGACCUUAGUCUUUAACUUCUUUUGAAUUUAAUCUGUCAUAGGGUUAAAUUUCAGUAGAACAUGACCUAUGAGUAAUAUAUCAUUCUAGUUAACCACUUCGAGAUCUCAAAAAUUCAGAUGUAGCUCUUCAAGUUUAUUGCUUAGAUUUGUUGACGAAAGAUUUAUUUUCAAAAACCGACAGAGUCGGUCCCAUUAUUAUUUUGUGCAGUUUUACAGUAAAGUGCAUUUAUUAAUUGCAGGAUGUGAGUUGACAUGUGGUCAGCAUCAAUUGCAGAUUAUUGGGUUAUAUUUCCCCCCCCCCCCCCCAAAUCUUCUGUACAAAUUUACUUUAUGGAAGUGUUUGUAAUCACAUCUUUUUUUAAUUGUUAAAUGUGAUUAUCGUAAAUCGGAGGGGG